AUGCAAGGACCGAGGACAAAGAAUGUUUACGAUGUCAAUGCUCUUCUACAAGAACCGUCUCGACUUAAUUCCGCUACAGUUCGAAGUCGAGAGGAGUAUCUGCGAAUGCAAAGAGAUCGUCUUCUUGCCAUGAAAGCAUCUGAAAGGGAAAAACAGAUGAACGAAGUAAGUCAGCGAGCUUCACAAGAACGUCCACGAACCGCCAAAGCAGCUAGAGGCUUGAUGCGUGGUAGUCGAGGUGGAAUCGAGAAUGAUGACGUUCUAGCAGCUCGUCGCGAGAUUGUGGAGAAGCUUAAGACAGAAAUCGAAGCGAAAGCAAACAUAUAA